AUGGCAGAGAGCGCCGACGGACCAGAUACUUCCUCCAUCAAACCCAUAUCCUCGUUGCGAUCCAGGUUUGAGAAUUUGGGGAAAGAUCAGAAUGCUGGACAACCGACUUCGCCUGCGCCGCAGCAGGCUUCUCUCACUACGCCCUCGCCUGUUGGAGGAGGAUGGUCACGGAUAUCUGGUGAACACAAAAGAGAUCCUGGUGGAAUGGGUGUUGGACCGGUAGGUGGAAAUGCCGCGCAAGUGUCACCGCUCUCGCUUUCACCGAGGCAGCCACGUCCGGAUCCGCCUGCAGCUAGACCAGCCUCCAUGAUCUCUAUGUCGCCUACACAGCCGUCGCCUCCUAUGGUGACCGUCGACUCUCCGAGGUCACCGCAGAAGAUAUUCUCUAUGGAUCUGAGGCCGACGGCAUCUGGAUACAGUACUCCCAGCCAACCGCUGACGCCCAACCGAACGAGCGAUACCCUCAACAAGGUCUAUUCUCGCCCAGUCAGUAGGACAGCUACGCCGGCAAUCGAAGCACGCGCCGCGGCCUUUUUGCAGUCAUCUGGGUCACCUUCGAUCAAGUCACAUGACGUCGCAGAUGUGAAAGCCGAGACGGAAUCAAAGGCGAAGCCAGAGGCCAAGCAUCCGCCUAUAGUCAAUCGAGCCGCGAAGCCCAAAGUACCUGUGAAGCCGCAGGCUUUGGCAAAGGCUGAAACCAAUCUGUCAGCUCCAGAAACAAAUGCAGAGCUCACUGAUCAGAGCAUCUCACCCUUUACUACCCCGCCGAGCAGCGGCGACAGCUCACCAGAUCCAAGGAAACAACACGCAACAGCCACGAGUCAACCGAUCAAGAAGGCAUCUGAGGCGUCUUUUGUACAAAGGUCCCGGAACGACUCCGAUGCAUCGUGGGUGACGAGACUCGGGGGCGAUUCUGAUUCUUUCUCAAUCGCUAGGCGCGCACGAGCGGAAUCCGAUGCUUCUUUCGUGGAGUCCUCUUCUUUGCCCGAGACCUGGCUACCUCCGCCAACCCAUCACGCAGGAGCGGCACGACGAGAGUUGAAUGCUCGUGGCAUCACGAGAGCCCCCACGAUGCCGAUGCCAGCAAGAUACCGGCAAGUUGGGACGAGAGAAUCGCAAUCAACAGACGACUUGCAGGAAGAUCGGCCAAGACUACCAGCAAGACCCGAACUGCAAAUUCGGAAUGGGAGGACGAGCCCGCCUAAGAUGCGGUCUGGACGCACCAGUCCGUUGAAGAAUCACAUGCUACCGGGUAGGAGAUCUGAGGACGUGAUGAGGAAGGGUCCAGCUGCGGACAUGGAUACCACACGGCGCAUCCCGGCCAUCAAGACCGAUGUCAAGUCUGCGCUUAGCCAAGGCUUUGAAAAGGCAUCGCCGAUGACUCCAUCAGGGGCUCCUGCAGUGCCUCCGCCGCGCAAGUCUGUCGACCGGAGGCGGGAGAUGCCUCCACCUCCUCCACCUCCAGGUACAGCGACAUCGAGUAUCCAAAAGGGUCACUCACGCGAUGACGAGGAGGACCUGGCGCCUGGCGGCCUUAACAGUGAGCAAGUCGCGGGCCCAACGGAUUUUCCAGAUGCCACUCAAUCCAACCGGCGGCAACCUAGAUUCAGAUCACGACCCUGGACGAUCUAUACCGAGUACGACACAAGACUGUUCGGCGUGUGUGGAGAAUAUGUCUGCACAUCUGGUUACAUCACUAAGGCCUGGAACAUACGGACUGGCGAAGAGUUGCUUCACAUGGAGCCCCGAGAAAACAUGAAAGUCACCGCUCUGGUCUUCAAACCAUCACCUAACGUGGAGGACGAGGGCAAGCGGCUGUGGCUCGGCACCAGUAGCGGCGACAUACAAGAAAUUGACAUCCCGUCUCAAUCUCUUGUGAAGACGAAGAGCAUGGUGCAUAACAGGCGCGAGAUCAUUCGUAUGUUUCGCUACGCCUCCGAGUUGUGGACCUUGGACGAUGGAGGGGAGCUGUAUGUCUGGAAGGCCGAUCAUAAGGGCAUACCAAGCCUUGACUCUCAGUAUAUGAAUUGGCGCAUCCCCAAAGGAAUCUCGUAUUCGAUUGCAUCGGGCGCGCAAUUGUGGAUUGCAACCGGGAAAGAGAUCAGAGUGUACCUCCCCGGAGCGAACUCGGACUCAGAAUUCCAAGCCUCGAGGACUCCACUGUCACAACCAGGGACUGGAGAUGUUACAUGCGGUGCCACCCUCAACGGCAAUCCCAAUUUGAUCUACUUUGGCCAUUCUGAUGGCAAAGUGAGCAUAUACAACCGUACAGACUACACAUGUCGAGCCAUUGUCAAUGUGAGUGUAUACAGGAUCAGCUCUAUGACAGGCGUGGGCGACUACAUCUGGGCAGGGUACAGCACUGGCAACGCGUAUGUGUACGAUACCUCUACGACGCCAUGGACCGUGAAGAAGGACUGGAAGGCGCAUGAAAAGCAAAUUUGCAGCAUCAUUGCAGAUCCCUCAGCAAUGUGGAAGAUGAAUCGCUUGAAUGUGGUCACUUUGGGCCUCGACAACUCACUGCGGAUCUGGGAUGGCAUGCUGGAAGGGGACUGGAUCGAAUCUCGUAUGAAUGCUCGAAUCUCAGACUACUGCUCAUUCCAAGAGCUGACAGCAUCCGUUCUAACAUGGAAUGCCGGUGCUUCCAAGCCGAGCUACUUGAACCAGUCUAAAGAAGAUAGCAACUUCUUUAGCGAAUACAUGACGAAUGGCGAACCUCCGGACAUAUUCGUAUUUGGCUUUCAGGAGCUAGUCGAUCUUGAAGACAAGAAGGUCACGGCCAAGUCAUUCUUCAAAAGCAAGAAGAAAGAUCCAGCCGAGCAGGAGCACAUGUCUCGUCAGUACCGUGCUUGGCGAGACUACCUCACCAAGUGUAUAGAUGACUGCAUGCCCAACACCCAGACCUACACUCAUCUGCACACUUCAAGCAUGGUCGGACUCUUCACCUGCACCUUUGUGAAGUCGCAUUUGCGGCAACGUGUCCGGCACGUCCACACAGCCCAGGUCAAACGCGGCAUGGGUGGUCAUCAUGGCAACAAGGGUGCUCUGCUUCUGCGGCUGGUGCUCGAUGACAGCAGCAUGUGCUUUGUGAACUGCCAUCUGGCUGCUGGACAAACUCAGACCAUGCAUCGCAACAACGACAUCGCCGCGAUUCUGGAGGCAAAUCCGCUCCCGCCGAAUCCACUGAACGACGGAGAAGUUGCGCAACACUCUGAUGUCUUCGCACACGGUGGCGAUGGCAGCAUGAUCAUGGACCACGAAAUCUGCAUCUUGAACGGCGAUCUGAACUACCGCAUUGACACCAUGGGACGGGAUGCCGUGAUAAAGCAAGUGCAGCAAGGCAAUCUGACGAAACUCUUGGAGCGAGACCAGCUGCUUUUGAGCAGAAAGAAGAAUCCUGGUUUUCGGCUGAAAGCUUUCCAGGAGUCUCCGAUCACCUUUGCCCCGACAUACAAGUACAAUGUUGGCAGCGACGAGUACGACACUUCUGAAAAGCGCAGAGCCCCAGCGUGGUGCGAUCGGAUUCUGUAUCGAGGGCUUGGUAAAGUCAAGAUGGAUGGGUACUCGUAUCAACGGUGGGAUCAAAUCCGAGUUUCAGACCACCGACCUGUCAGCGGACGGUUACGUUUGCGUGUCAAGACCGUAGAUGGAGACAAACGGGAAAUCACCUGGGACAAAUGUGUGAAGGAAUUCGAGGGCGUUAGCCAGCGGAUCGCCAAGGCUGCGCAGUAAGUUUUGCCUGCUGACAGUGUCUGAAGACUGUGAGCUAACGUAAUGCAGACUCGAAUACCUCACCAACGUACUUGGAAUGGCGCCCAAAGAAGCCGAGCGUGCGCUGCAGGGCAACUAG